GGCGUUUUGUUUUACCCGGUAGGAAGUGAGGUGGGACUCGGUGGAGGAAACGGCUUCUGUACUUGUUGCCACGUCGGAAUUGUGAACCUUGUGAAGUUAGUCGAUAGAGAACAGGGGCUUCUUGUUUACACGGUUUAGCCACAGCCAUGGUUUCCGUUAUAAACACGGUGGACACUUCACACGAGGAUAUGAUCCAUGAUGCCCAAAUGGACUAUUACGGGACUCGACUCGCCACGUGUUCUUCUGACCGCACCGUUAAGAUCUUUGACGUCCGCAAUGGUGGACAGAUCCUGGUGGCAGACCUCAGAGGCCACGAGGGCCCUGUGUGGCAGGUGGCGUGGGCUCAUCCAAUGUUCGGCAACAUUCUAGCAUCCUGUUCAUACGACCGCAAAGUCGUCAUCUGGAAGGAGGAGAACGGCACCUGGGACAAGAUGUAUGAGUACACUGGACACGAGUCAUCAGUGAAUUCAGUCUGCUGGGGUCCGUAUGAAUUUGGUCUAAUCCUAGCCUGUGGCAGUUCAGAUGGAGCAAUUUCCCUCCUCACAUUUACUGGUGAUCAGCAGUGGGACGUCAAGAAGAUCAGCAACGCACACACCAUUGGCUGUAAUGCAGUGAGCUGGGCUCCUGCUGUAGUUCCAGGCAGCCUGAUCAAUCAGCCAUCAGGUCAGAAACCAAACUACGUCAAACGCUUCGUCUCUGGCGGAUGUGACAACCUGGUGAAACUCUGGAAAGAGGAAGACGGUCAGUGGAAAGAGGACCAGAAGUUGGAGGCGCACAGUGAUUGGGUCAGAGACGUCGGCUGGGCUCCUUCUAUUGGUCUUCCCACCAGCACCAUCGCCAGCUGCUCCCAGGACGGGCGUGUGUUUAUAUGGACGUGCGACGACCCCGCAGGUAACACAUGGACGGCCAAACUGCUGCACAAGUUUAACGACGUGGUCUGGCACGUCAGCUGGUCCAUCACUGGAAAUAUACUGGCUGUUUCUGGUGGAGACAACAAGGUGACGCUGUGGAAGGAAUCGAUGGACGGUCAGUGGGCGUGUAUUAGUGAUGUCAGCAAAGGCCAGAGCGCCGUCUCCACCAUCGCAGACACACAGCAGAAUGAGCAGUGACCUGGACGGAUGCACCCACCUGUCAGUGACCCUUGACCCUAAAACAAUGACCACAGCCUUAAUAAUAACAAACAUGCUAGACAUUUGGACUGAUGAGAGCAUGUUGUCCAGAGUGAUGGAGCUCAGUCUGUAAUCUGUAGUCUGAGUUGGACGUCUGCUUAAUCCCACAUGAAAAAUAAACUUUAUGCUCAUUUUGCUGUUUAGAAACAUAAUUAGUAUUAGAUUUUGUAAAGUCCAGUCCUGUGUUUCUGCUUUUGUUCUACACAUUUGAAAGUAUUCACUUCCUUAUUAUUACUGGUCCAAAUGGUCUCUCACACACACACACACACCUGCUUUUCCUCUCUGUGGUGCUCUGUAAACAUUCUGCCUCCACCAGUGGAAAACAACGCUGGCCUGAAUCAUACAAAGCAGUGUCCUAAUUUUACAUUUUAUUUAGUAUUUCUGCACAUUAGAUCCAGCUGAAGCCUUCAAUCUGUGAGUGACGUAAAUCAGAGGAGAAAACACUUGGCUGCCAGGUUAAACUUUAAAAGUGAUUUAUUGUCACGUUUCUAAGUGUAAAGCAAAAACCUGCUUUAAUCAGCUUCACACUGAACUUAACUAAGCAGGAAAGCAUUUUUCUUGAUUAAAUUAAAUUGUUAAUGAUUAAAUGUUAUGCUGUUGUUCUGUUUGUUAUUCAUCUAAUAAUGAAUCAUUGGUGAGCUGGCACAGACAUUCCCAGUCAGUAUUUUUAUGUUUGAUAUUUUUAUUUGCAGCAGUUAAAGCUGUUUGAUCUCCAGCCACACGGUGAGAGGUUUGGUGGGAGUUUAGCUGCUUUGUUGUUGUUUUUCUGUUCAUCUCAGACAGGAAGUGUAAUAUGAUGCUGGGGGUGCAUUUGCAGGAAGUUAACAAAGGAAUGCCAUAUGUGCAUCUUUAUGACCGAGGGCGUCUUUUCUCCUUUACAGCCUCAUAAGUCAGAGUUUUUGUGGAUUUGCUUCAGGAAUAAUUGUAAUUAUCUUAAUUGGAUUAAAUGCAGGUGUUUUUAUUCUAUAUGUUUGAGGAUGAUUUGUUUCUGGAAACAAAAACUUCCAGUGGUGCUGCAGAAGAUUUAUGUUCAGAAAUGAAUCAUUCUUUUCUCAUCCAGUCAUUUUCAGUAUUUCCCCAUCAAGAGUCUGCAGCAGAUUAAAGUGUAUGUUCUGCGAAAAUUUAAACAAAUGCAUGAAUCUCCUCGGUAAAAAUGAAAGUACGUUUGGAUGUGUUUAUUAAUUUGCUUCACUUCCUCUUGCCCUCUCUGCUGCCUCAUCAUUUCUUUACUAACAUGAAAAUCAGAGAUUGUUGUUCAAAGGUUUGAAGUCUAUUUGAUAAAACGACAUAAUGAAUGAAUAAAAACAUUCCUAAGAUGA